AUGGGACAGUGUCGGUCAGCCAACGCCGAGAGGCCGUCUGCGGCGAGUGGUGCUGGGUUCUGGGCUCUGGAGUGGGCGGGAGCCCGUGUGCCUUCCAACCGUCUUUUGCCCUGUUGGCCUGGCCCGGCUCCUGGGGAUGCAGGGUGUUGUGGGGUGGGGCGGAGCCUCCCUGACCUGGGGGAUGUCUCCUGCCCUCAGGAUGCUCAGGAAUUCAGUGACGUGGAGAGGGCCAUUGAGACCCUCAUCAAGAACUUUCACCAGUACUCGGUGGAGGGCGGGAAGGAGACCCUGACCCCCUCCGAGCUACGGGACCUGGUCGCCCAGCAGCUGCCCCACCUCAUGCCGAGCGACUGUGGGCUGGAAGAGAGGAUCGCCGGCCUGGGCAGCUGCGAGGACUCGAAACUGGAGUUCGGGAGUUUCUGGGAGCUGAUCGGAGAAGCGGCCAAGAGCGUGAAGCUGGAGAGCCCCGCCGUCAGGGGCAGCUGAGCACCUGCCCCUGGAAUUCUGGGGGGCGGGGGGUGAUGUCGGGAAGAGGGGACCUUAGAGACUGCAGGCCUGGAAAUUAAACCUCUGUCCACCACCACUCUACCCGCGCCUGCGCCUGCCCCGCCUCUGCGAGCUGUAGGAUCAUAAGGGCCUUUCCCGGGGUCUCUGCCCUCCAUGGGCCUGGAAGUCCCCACCAGAGGGACGCUCGGCGGGGGGGUUCGGGGCACGGAUGGAUGUGGAGGGGUGCUCAGGGGUCGGGACGUGUGGGAGUGGGGGCGGACGGGGCGGAGCUGGGCUAUGGGGAACGAUCGGAAAGGGCCUGGGGACAGGGCUGCACAUUUGGCAUUAAAUUUGGUCUCUAAGAACCUACCUCCUAAUCCCUUCCCCAGCCCUGUCUGUCUGUCUGUCCGGUGCUACCUCUUCCGCCUCCAGCUCCACCCCAGCCUCGCCCAGGGCUGUCCCUGGGCUGGGGCAGAGGAAGUGACACAGCAGGGUGGGGGGACCGGCUAAGGAGGGUGUGACUUUGGGGAUGAGGGGGCCAGCAGGGUGCUUGGGCAUU